UUGAGCGGAAAAAGCGAUCCCAAUGGGUUCUUGGAAAGCUUUUCUCUUCUCCCCUUUUCUUCUGUGGAGUCAAAGUAGAGGGGUGAGGCUGAUGUUCUUGUUACUGACCCUGCAUUUGGGAAACUGCAUUGAUAAAGCAGAUGAUGAAGAUGAUGAGGAUUUAACAGUGAACAAAACUUGGGUCUUGGCACCAAAGAUUCAUGAAGGAGAUAUAACACAAAUUCUCAACUCAUUACUUCGAGGCUAUGACAAUAAACUUCGCCCAGAUAUAGGAGUGAGGCCCACAGUGAUUGAAACUGAUGUUUAUGUAAACAGCAUUGGACCAGUUGAUCCUAUAAAUAUGGAAUACACAAUAGAUAUAAUUUUUGCCCAAACCUGGUUUGAUAGUCGUUUAAAAUUCAAUAGUACCAUGAAAGUGCUUAUGCUUAACAGCAAUAUGGUUGGAAAAAUUUGGAUUCCUGACACUUUCUUCAGAAACUCGAGAAAAUCUGAUGCUCAUUGGAUAACAACUCCUAAUCGUCUGCUUCGAAUUUGGAAUGAUGGGCGAGUUCUAUAUACUCUAAGAUUGACAAUUAAUGCAGAAUGUUACCUUCAGCUUCAUAACUUUCCUAUGGAUGAACACUCCUGUCCACUGGAAUUUUCAAGCUAUGGAUACCCUAAAAAUGAAAUUGAGUAUAAGUGGAAAAAGCCUUCUGUAGAAGUGGCUGAUCCCAAAUACUGGAGAUUAUAUCAGUUUGCAUUUGUAGGGUUACGGAACUCAACUGAAAUCUCUCACACAAUCUCCGGGGAUUAUGUUAUCAUGACAAUUUUUUUUGACCUGAGCAGACGAAUGGGAUAUUUCACUAUUCAGACCUACAUUCCAUGCAUUCUGACUGUCGUUCUUUCUUGGGUGUCUUUUUGGAUCAAUAAAGAUGCAGUGCCUGCAAGAACAUCACUGGGUAUCACUACAGUUCUGACUAUGACAACUCUGAGCACAAUUGCCAGGAAGUCCCUACCUAAGGUUUCUUAUGUGACUGCGAUGGAUCUCUUUGUUUCUGUUUGCUUCAUUUUUGUUUUUGCAGCUUUGAUGGAAUAUGGCACCUUGCAUUAUUUCACCAGCAACAAAAAAGGAAAGACUACUGGAAACAGAAAGCUAAAAAAUAAGGCCUCGAUGUCCACUGGACUCCAUCCUGGAUCCACUCUGAUUCCAAUGAAUAGCAUUUCUCUGCCACAAGGAGAAGAUGAUUAUGGAUAUCAGUGUUUGGAGGGCAAAGAUUGUGCCAGCUUCUUCUGUUGCUUUGAAGACUGCAGAACAGGAUCCUGGAGGGAAGGAAGGAUACACAUACGCAUUGCCAAAAUUGAUUCCUAUUCUAGAAUAUUUUUUCCAACAGCUUUUGCCCUGUUCAAUCUGGUUUAUUGGGUUGGCUAUCUUUACUUAUAAAUUCUACUUACCAGACAAAAAUCAAAAGCAGUCUGACAGAAUCCAAUUAUCAUCUACUGGACUUCAAUUACAUGAAGUUCACAUUUAAAACGCAGAGAAACCAAUGUUUAAAAUGUGAAUAGUAUUGUAACUAUUUUAAGGCUUUCAUAGGUAAAAAAAGUAGCAGCUUUCAGAUUAACUUACUUAAAUUUGUGUA